AUGAAGACCAUAUUGCAACAGAUAAUCCAAGGACAAGCUAAUAGUGCCUUAGAGUUGAACAAGAGGAUGGUUGAGAUUCACAAUAAGGUUGAUUGCUCAUACAAUGAUCUAAACAACAAGUUUGAGUCUCUAACUACCAAAGUGCUUACCUUGGAAGCUAAAGUUGGUGGUUCUUCAUCAUCAAGUACAAAGGAGUAUUGUCAUGCAGUUUUCUCUACUAAAGAUGGUGUGGCUGAGACUGAAGAGAAUGAGAGAGCUAUAGAAGAACUUUACAGGCUCCUUCAUGGUACAAGUGUUGAGAUUUCUGUGAAUGAGGAGACUUCUCAAGCUGAAAAACGAAAUGCCAAGGAGGAAGCCUCAAAGAUUGUUGCAAGAGAAGAAACCAUCAAGGUUGAGCCUCCUCUUUACAAACCAGAGCUUCCAUUUCCUGAGAGAGUUCUCACUAAAACUCAAAAGAAGGUAGUCUCCACAUUCAGGAAUGAUAUGAGCAAUAUUGGUGUUCAUCUACCAAACAUAGGCAAUAUGCAAGAAGCUCACCUCCAAAUAGAGCUGAUUAGAGAUGUUCUUGUGAACAAAGAGAGAGUGGCAGCGCUUCUUGAGCUCUCUACACCACCAGAUCCUGCCCAUAUCACGCCAACCUCCAUUCCCAAGCUUGAGAAACAAGGGAAGUUCACAUUGCCUUGCACCCUUGGAGAUUUGAAGCUUGAUGAUGCUCUUGUGGAUUCUGGAGCAAGUGUGAAUCUGAUAUCACUUGCCAUGGUUAAGCAACUGGGUAUAAAGAGCAUGACGCCUCCUAUAUCUUCUAUCAUGUUUGGAGAUGCCUCUUCUAAGUCUCCACUUGGUCUAAUCAAGGAUUACCCUUUAAAGAUAGGAGACUGCAAGGUUCCAACUGAUCUGACUGUUUUGGGUAUGUAUGGAGAUAAGGAAGGUACCAUUGAUCCUUGGAACACCAUUCCUUACAACUGUUGGAGCCUCAAUUGA